GCUCGUGUGUGUGUAACGUUACGUACUUUUAUUUUGGUCUGACGAUAUGACGGCAUAAGCCUGCGUUCUUGUGUCUGUUGUGAUGUGAUUCUGCUGAAGAAAGAAACUCCUGGUGAAGAGGGCUGAGAUUCACAUGACACGUUACAAAGAUGGCUUAUAUAAAAGAGGAGUGUGAAGACAUGAGUAUUGAAGAAACGUUCAGAGUGAAACAUGAAGAUACUGAGGAACAAACAGACCUGAUGACGCUGAAGGAGGAGAAUCACGAGCUUAAUGAAAUGGAGCAGAAGUAUGAAUAUGAGAAACAUCAUGAUUUUAUGACUGAAGAAGUAUCCAGAAAGACCGAAAAGACUUCCUCACAAAAAAGAGGUCAGAAGAAAGGAACUAAAAAGUAUUUCACCUGCCAAGAGUGUGGAAAGAGUUUUGAUCAAUUUGGAAAUCUUAAAGUCCACAUGAGAAUUCACAAAGGAGAGAAACCUUUCACCUGCAAACAGUGUGGAAAGAGUUUCAAUGAAAAAGGAAACCUUAAUGUCCACUUGAGAGUUCACACUGGAGAAAGGCCUUUCACGUGCCAACAAUGUGGAAAAAGCUUCUCUCAAAGAGGAAACCUUAAAGUCCACAUGAAAAUCCACACUGGUGAGAGCUCUUUUACCUGCCAACAGUGUGGAAAGUGUUUCACUGAAAAGGGGAACCUUAAGGUCCACAUGAGAAUUCACACCGGAGAGAGCUCUUUCAUCUGCCAUCAGUGUGGAAAGAGUUUCACUCAAAAAGGAAACCUUAAGAAACACAUGAGGAUUCACACCGGAGAGAAGCCUUACACCUGCAAAUUAUGUGGGAAGGGCUUCACACGUGAACUAGGCCUUAGUUAUCACAUGAACAGUCACACUGGAGAAAAACCAUUCAUAUGUAGUCAGUGUGGAAAGAGUUUCACUCGUAAAGUGACCCUUGAUACCCACAUUAGAAUUCACACUGGAGAGAAGCCAUUCGUAUGUGGUCAGUGUGGAAAGAAUUUUAGAUGUAAAGAAAACCUUAAUCAGCACAUGAGGAUUCACUCAAGGGAGAACUGUUUUAUAUGUCAUCAGUGUGGAAGGAGUUUCACAAAAAUGAAACGCCUUAAGAAUCAUUUAUUAACUCACACUGGAAAGAAGCCUUUCAUGUGCCAUCACUGUGGAAAGAGUUAUACAAAUAAAAGAAACCUUCAGACUCACAUGAGAAUUCACACUAGAAAGAGGUCUUUCACAUGUCUUCAGCGUAAGAAAAGAUAUCGCCUGAAACGUCAUUUACAAAUUCACGCUGGAGGAAAACAAUUUAAUUGCAAUCAGUGUAAUAAAAAAUUCCUGUUGCCAUCACACUUACAGAUACACCUGAAAAGCCAUGCAGAUCUGAGACCCUAUGUGUGUUCCUUGUGUGGAAAGCAUUUUAAAUGGCCCAGCAAUUUACUAUGGCACCAGAAAAUACGUAUCUGUGUAAAAUUAAGGCUACGCUCACACCACAGUUGAAUGUGGGCCAAAUCUGGUUUUCUGCUUUUUUGUGAAUCUGUUCACAUGACAUUUAAAUGAUCAGAUACACAUCUAAACAAGUGAUGCUUCUACAACCACCACCCUGUUUUUCACCUCCAUCGUUACUUCAUUUAUUUGCAUUAAAUCUCUUUUUGCUUCACCAUUUUAUACUUUGAGGCUUCCUAUUUUCUUGCAAAUAAUACGUAUCCAUGCGUUACUGAUGACAGAGAAUAGCGUACGCACUUUGAGUCCAUCAGAUGCUUUUCAAAAUGGUGCUACGCUAACACAGAGAGACAGAGAGGAGACGAAUUGUUGAAUAAAUGUCGUUAUUUUUAUUUUCUUUGCGUACAAAAAGUAUUCUCGUCGCUUCAUAAAGAUUGAACCACUGAUGGCAGAUGGACUAUUUUGAGGAUGUUUUUUAUACAUUUAUGGACCUUGACAGUGUAAUUUACUUGGCAGUCAAUGGCACUGUCACAAGCCUCCCGGUUUUCAUCCAAAAUGUCUUAAAUUGUGUUCCGAGGACAAACAAAGUUUUUACGGGUUUGGAACGACAUGAAUAUUGACAAAAUUUUCAUUUUGGGGUAGAGUAUCCCUUUAAAGGGGUGGUUGAUUGUGAUUUCACUUUUUUAACUUUAGUUUAGUUUAGUUUACACUUAGUGAGUUUUCAUUUUAAAAUGGUGUUUUAGAAUGAAAACGACCUCCGUUUCACCACACAACCGAAAACACAUGCCACGUGACCAUUCAUACAGGUACAACCAUAGAUUUGUAUAGGUAGAUCCCUAUUAUUUAGAUGGCGGAUGCAUCUGCAUGCUUGGAGCGGUCGAAUGGGGAAUCUACUCAUACAUAUCUAUGGGUACAACAACGAGCAUGAUGUUAUUGUUUGUGGGCAGCCACACCAUCGUUUUCAGAAGUCUCCGUUUUGGUCCAUUUACACUGAAAUGCUACCCCGGAGUUUUCAAACUAAAACGAGGUCUGCAGCGUUUUCAAAAGUCUCGAAAACGGCGGAGUAGUGUAAACGAUAGGUGUAUCCGUAGCAAAAGUUAUGCGUUUUAAAAUGAAAAUGCACUGGUGUAAACGGGGCCUUAGUGUGUAAUGUUGCUGUUUGAGCAUAAACAAUAUCUGCAAAGUUAUGAUGCUGAAAGUUCAAUGCAAACAGAGAUAUUGUCUUUUAAAAUUUUGUCAGUUUAAGGCCUACAGUUACGGCUCGUAGGGACUACGACAUCACAAUCACAUCACAGGCUGGUGACAUCACAAACAAGCUUUUGAAAUCUUGAUGUCAAAAUCCAGCAUUUUUCCAAAAAUCCCUGGCGCCUAAAGGGUUAAUUUAGUGUUACAUAAUCAUACAAGAAGAAAAGCAGAAAAAUAUCUUAUUUUAUAAACAUAAGCUUCUUGAAUUUGCAUGGUUGGAAAAUAACACCCUGGUCAAAUCUUUCAU